AUGGCAGCUGAGAAAGAACUUGCACCCUUUUCUCAAUCCUCAAACACUGAGAAUGAAUUCUCACAAAAUAACUAUGUGAGAUUUUCAACCUCUCUCCUAAACACUACCACAAACAUUGGUACUGAAAACUUGGUUAUGCCAAAAUCACCACCAGGAGGAGCCCCCUCCUCUGGUAUGUUAAUCGAUCUACCUCAAAAUUCGAGGGAGGAUCUGAUCACAACCUCCUCAAAGAGAUCAAGGGGUAGAUCAAAGGGCUCCAAAAAUAAACCCAAACCCCCAGUGGUGAUCACCGUAGAGCCUGAAAGUUUUAUGAAACAAAUUUUUAUCGAAAUAUCAGCUGGAUGUGAUGUUGUGGAGUCCAUCAUCAAGAUGGCUUGGCGUCAUCAAGCUGAUAUCUCAGUAAUGAGAGGUUCCGGUCUUGUCUCUAAUAUUACCAUCCGUAACUCGACAUCUCAUUCCCCUGCACUAACUAUUGAAGGACCCAUCAAAAUGAUGUCUCUCUCUGGCACUUACAUCAAUCCCAAUUCUGAUACUGUUCCUUCUGAAUUCAUCACCAACCCUAACCAUUCUUCUUUUAGCAUUUUCCUAUCUGGUAAUGGUAAUGAGGGUCAGGUGUAUGGUGGGAUUGUUAUAGGCAAGAUAAUGGCUUCGGGUAAUGUUAUGAUUACCGCCACUCUUCAGAAGAAGCCCAAAUUUUAUAGGGUGACCUAG